AUGGCAACAAGAAGUCUCGAGAUUCUUAAGGCAAUUGGGGUUCGGGGAGGAGUUGUUUCACGAACAGUUGAAGAUGGUGGGGUGGUAAGAAUGAAGAUAUUGGUGAAAAGGCAAGAAAUGGAGCAAGUUCUUGAACAAGUUAUGAAGAAAAGAGAUGACAACAAAGAGAAUCAUAUUAAAGUGAAUAAUCUUCGACAGUUAUCAAGAUCAUUGGCAUCAAAGUCAUUAGAACCACAACUGGAUGAUACGAAGAAAAUGAACAUAGUGAAAUCUGAUCAGGUGAACAGAGAUUGUCGGAGUUAUUGGAGACCUGCACUUCAAAGCAUCCCGGAGGAGUUCUGA